UUCGAACGAAACACACGCAACUGUCAAAGUUGAAUUUACCGCCUGUCAAAACAAAGGUCAUCAACCGCAAACGCAUUCGAAAACCAAAAUGCUUUUAAUUGAACACGAAAAUAGAAUCAAACAAGACGCUAAGUAAUUGAAACUAAUUGAGGUGUUUUCACGUUUUGUUUUUGUUUAGUCUUUGUUUUUGUUUCGGCAAUUUAACGCUAAGGAUUGUGACAAAAACUUUAAUCACAUUGACUUUGAGAGUAUUGUCUGAAUAAGGAGUGAUUAACAAAGUUUAAAUUAAUAAGUUAUCAUAAUAUACAGUUCUAUGAGUUUCAUAAUACAUAGAUAAACUCACGCCUAUUUCCCACCGGGAUGCUUUGUAUAGUGUGGUGAACAAUGACAGUGAAGAUGUAUUCGAAAGUGGUACUAUUUUUAGUGGUAGUGUUGGUGGCUCCCUCAGUGUUGGGUAUUUCAAAGAAGCUAGCGAGGUUGCAGUCGGAUCCUCUGUCGAAGACCAGAUGUGACCUCAUGUGUCAUGAUGUCAGGCAUGAGGAGAAAGCACAGUGUCGAUCGCAAUGCCGCCAGAAACAGCUGAAGCCUGGGACAUGUCCAGUAGCAGACAGUCCGAAAUGGGAGGCUGCCUGCGUCCGCGCAUGUGACGCGGACUACCAAUGUGACGGCACCCAGCGUUGCUGUCACCAUCGAUGUGGUUCUACUUGCAGCGAGCCUACAGAUUUGCUUACUUUAGCCGGUCUCCCGCCUAUGCCAGUAUUAGAAGAAGCAAAGGAGAAGCGUCGUUCGGUUAUGGUGAGAUGGUCUAACGGUGUUGGAGAUGCUGCUAGAACGGUUCCAGGGAAGAUCUUGUAUCUACUGCAAGAACAGCACCAUCUUGGGCCAAAGUAUGAAGAAGCUAGACUUGGGUCGUGGAACUUGUUGCUAAGGACUAAUAAGACAAAAAUCUCCCUUCGCAACCUGCUAAAACCGGGUCGUUGGUACCGAUUCCGUGUGGCGGCUGUGAGUGUCGCUGGUACGAGAGGGUUCUCCCAACCUGGCCCUCCGUUCACACCGAGGAAAGGACCUAGGCCGCCCCCACCGCCUAAGAAGCUGAGGGUUCGACCUAUCCAGGCUGAAAAUGGUACGAUAACCGUUCGUUUGGAAUGGCGCGAGCCGAGGUCGGAUCUGCCGGUAAUGCGGUACAAAGUGUAUUGGAGCCGAAGAGUUCGCGGUUUGGGCGGGGAAUUAGAUUCCGUUUUAGUCAACCAUCAAACUGUACCUAAGGAGAAACACCACAUUGACAUACGAGACCUACAACCGAACUCGAUGUACUUCUUCCAAGUGCAGACAAUCAGUCAGUUCGGCUUGGGGAAGUUGCGAAGCGAUAAAUCCGCCAUAUUUUACAAUACCACCAGUGCUAAUGACCAUGUCCCUGAGGCUCUACAAAAGCGCCAAAAGAAAAUAACGGGUCUUAAAUUAGUAACAUUCGUAUGGAGCAACCAUUCCAUUAAUGGACGGAUUACUUGGGAUCCUAUUGGAACUAAACAUAAAGAGAAAUAUUACGUGCACUGGCAGACGAUAAAUUGCGAUAAAAACAAAAAUCACAAAAUUGAUUUAUCGGCUAUUACUCAGAAAAAUGUAUUCGACAUCUACGAAAUUGACUUCGAGUGCCGCUAUUUGGUAAAUGUUAAUACAUCAUGGAAAUCAAAACUAAAAGAGUCUGAUAUCACUGUAAACGUACCAAGUUGUAAAUAUAUGGAAGAAAAAAUGCUCAAGAAACCAGGAAUGUUAGGUUGCAAAGCUUAGCUAUCAUAUUCAUUUUACAAUUAAGUAUUAUUAUCAGUAAAACCUGUAAAUUAUUAAAAUAUUGUUAGACUGGUAAGUAAUAAGUAAUAAUAAAUGUUAUGUAUGUAAAAAAUAGAGUUAAGCUCAUAUUUUUCAUAUAAUUUGUAGAGUAUGCACUAGACGACGAUCGUAUUGCAUGAUAUUGUUUCUUGUAGGUACCAAUUAUAACUAUAACAAUUAGUUAUUUAAAGAUCGUACCAAGUAUUAUUAAGAUUUAGAAAUAAAAUGAAUUCUUUUGA